AUGACACUCGAAGAGCCAAUUGAACAGGUGGCCGAGAUCCUUGAAGAAUUCCUCUCUUCCGCUGAAAUAGAUGAUCAGUUCUUAGAAAAACCUUACAAUUUCGGGCCCCCUUCAGAUGUCUCAAAGCUUGCACCUGCUCUUCAAAACAUCAAGCUUGAAGCCCUACUGGAACCAGACACAGAGCUUUACAAGGUGCUCGAAGUCCAGGCAGCGGAGUUUGUAACGCUAUCUGGAUUGACCAAAGUGGUGGAUAAGUUGAUUCUGGAGAUCCAGGGUUCAGAGGAACAGGUGGAGCAGGGCCAGUUACCUGAAGAGCAUGUCUUGACUAUUUGCAAGCUCUCUUUGCUAUUGGAAUGGCAAGUUCAAAGCAUCCGUGAUGAGACGUAUCCUUCGUCGAAGUCAGACUUUUUUACCCUUCUUCAGCUAAUACUGGAGUCGCUUUUCGGUAUUUCAACAAGUCAUAUUUCAUGUUUCUGGGACUUCUUGGAGCUGCGCAUACAGCUUUUUAAGGAUUACGUUUUUGAUAAGAACGUUACGCUGCAUAGAAUUGCUCUUUUAGGAUUGUGCAAUGGGCUUGCUGAUAAGUAUUACAUCCGUAACUCGCUGGGCAAGCUCGAUUCUUAUGCUAAAGAUACCUUCAAUGAUGAGUUUCAAGCCCGCGUUAGGAUGUUCCUCGCUAAUAUGCUAUCGUUUGAGGACCUGACGGGUCUUAAUAAGUACUUUGCUAUCUCCAACCGUGAGAACAAAGAACCAGCAUUGACCAGAACCAAGUCCAGUGACGAUGACCUACUUCAGGACGUUUUAACUUUCUACCGGUUGCUGCGCAACCCAUUCGCUUACUUCAAGACACCUAGACAACUUCAUUCAAUUGCAGAUUCCUUAGACAAGUUGGCGGGUUAUCUUUUGGAACAGGAAGCCAAGUAUGCUAGGAAACACCCAGGACGUGACAUUUUCACAGUUCAGCCUCCACAGCUGGAAGCUCAGAUUGCUGAGGUUACAGAGAAACUGAAGCGAAUUGUCUUUUUCCCUGAAAACUAUUGGUUGUCGCUGUUUGACGCUAAAAGAGACGAGAAAGUGAAGCUCGACGACCAGGCAACAAUGUUAAAACAACUAGACUCAUCUGCAUUCCGCCGCCUUUUAAUCAUACACAUUUACUUGGUCUCCAGUUUUUUCGUGGAUCUUCUGGCAUCUAAUAAAGCGCAGCUUAUAAAGUCAAUUGGUACCAACGUCAAGCAUGUCUCAGACGCAACGACGCCAGAGUCGCUGAUGAAAUUCUUUACGAAAAUCAAGCGUGAGAUUGCCCGCCAAAGUCGCUCUUGGGAUACACAGCUUUCCUUUUUGUUGCUGAAUCUUUCACAAUCUGAGGAACACUGGUGGUCGUGGCUUUUGUAUGGAAAGGACAAGGACGGCAAUCCAGUGUUGACCGAUAGAAACUUAGAUAAAGAAGAGUUGACGAGUACCCAGGAGAAAUUGAAUUCGGCUGUGGGAUUCAAGACCAGAAAAUACUUCAACACCUAUGCCACUCCUCAGUUAUCGAGGAAGAUGAAGACACAAACUGGAUUACACCUACUCGAAAGGCACGAUGACGAGUCCACCAAUUACGAGGACUUGAUAGCUGAAUUAACUACUAAAAUUGAGGAGGCCCGCGAAGCAGAAGAUGCUGAUCGAGAGAAAGAGCUCCUUGAAGAAAGAACAGUGCUUCUCUGGAAACGUCUCAAGGAAGCACGUCUGAACCAAUGGCUACAGCUCGGAGACUUGUUGAAUGCUGAAGACCUUGAAGUCAGCAAAAAGAAGGAAGAAGAACCAGAGGAAAAGAAGGAAGAACAAGAACAAGUGGAGAAGAAGGAAGAAGAUGAAACUAUGGAGAAGGAAGAAACAGAGCCUGAGACGGUUGCAAAACCCGAAGAAAAUGAAGAAAAUGGCCCAACCGAAUCCAAAAAGCGUGCAAGAUCACCAGAAGAAGAGGAAGAGGACGAUACAUACAAAAAGCAAAAGACAGAUCCAGAUGCUUAA